UUAGCAGUAAGAAGCUCCCGCUGCGUUGUGGGUGUCUCACAAAUCUCGCACCAUUAUGGCGGCGACGGCAUCUGCAGCGUCAUGCCCCGCGGCGGUUCUGGCCGGAGCUCGCAUUCCCUCGCCUGUCGCUGCCACUGCUCGACCCACCGUCCGCUUCUUCUCUCCGCCUAGACUUUAUUCUUCGUCCAAACUCCUCCAUCUUGACUCCCAAUCGCAAGAUGUUGGCAGAUUCUCUUCACUCCGUGCAAGAGCUUCUUCAGAUGAGUCCUCUGCCUCUGUUGAUGAUGUCAUUGCAGAUUUGAAGGCGAAAUGGGAUUCACUGGAGGACAAAUCCACUGUGCUCUUAUAUGGUGGUGGCGCGCUUGUUGCGUUGUGGCUAUCAUCGAUUGUUGUCGGGGCGAUCAACUCAGUUCCUCUGCUUCCAAAAGUCCUGGAGUUAGUAGGGCUUGGAUAUACUGGAUGGUUUGUGUAUCGCUACGUGCUUUUUAAGGAAAGGAGAAAAGAGCUUGCCAGUGACAUUGAAAAUUUGAAGAAAAAGAUUGCUGGAUCGGGCGAAUGACUUCAGUUAGCUGGCAAUUCAAGGAGUUCCCAGUGUUUUAUGAUUGAGAAUGUUUCUCCUGCUGUUCAUAUGUAUUUGUUAGCUAUACCUUUAUUGGGAGAUAUUUAUGAAAUUGUCGAUUAAUUUGUUAGCGCAAUGCAAAGAUUAUGGUUUGCUGUACAAGACAAAUAACUAGUAUUCACCAUUGUGUUCUAUGAUUAA